AUGGCCAGCUCCUCGGACAGUGAAGAUGAUGGUUUCAUGGCUGUGGAUCCAGAAGAUGCUGUGGUGGAGGGGACGAUGGAGCAAGAUGAGCCACACACUGAGCUGGAGGUGGAGGAGACCAGGCACAACAGAUCAAUGCUGGAGCUUCCUGAAGAGGUUUUGGAAUAUAUCCUCUCUUUCCUCUCACCCUACCAGGAGCACAAAACUGCUGCCCUCGUCUGCAAACAGUGGUAUCGACUAAUCAAAGGCGUGGCCCAUCAGUGUUAUUACGGCUUCAUCAAAGCAGUGCAAGAGGGAAACAUUCAGUGGGAGAGUCGCACUUACCCCUACCCCGGCACCCCCAUCACACAGCGCUUCUCACACAGUGCGUGUUACUAUGACUCUAACCAGUCGAUGUACGUGUUUGGUGGCUGCACACAGAGCAGUUGUAACGCUGCCUUCAACGACCUCUGGAGACUCGACCUGAACAGCAAGGAGUGGAUCCGGCCCCUGGCAUCAGGUUCAUACCCUUCACCCAAGGCUGGAGCCACACUCGUGGUCUACAAGGACUUGCUGGUGCUUUUUGGUGGGUGGACACGGCCGAGCCCUUACCCUCUGCACCAGCCAGAGAGGUUCUUCGAUGAAAUCCAUACCUACUCACCCUCCAAAAACUGGUGGAACUGCAUCGUGACCACCCAUGGCCCCCCUCCCAUGGCAGGACACUCCUCCUGUGUCAUUGAAGACAAGAUGAUCGUCUUUGGGGGUUCACUGGGAUCAAGACAAAUGAGCAACGACGUCUGGGUGCUGGAUCUGGAGCAGUGGGCUUGGUCCAAGCCCAGCAUCUCCGGACCCAGCCCUCACCCGCGGGGUGGCCAGUCUCAGAUCGUCAUAGACAAUGAAACCAUUCUAAUCCUCGGUGGCUGUGGUGGUCCCAAUGCACUGUUCAAAGACGCCUGGUUACUGCACAUGCACAGCAACCCCUGGACGUGGCAGCCACUCAAGGUGGAGAACGAAGACCACGGAGCCCCGGAGCUGUGGUGCCAUCCUGCCUGCAGGGUUGGACAAUGUGUGGUGGUCUUCAGCCAAGCUCCCAGCGGGAGAGCCCCACUGAGCCCCAGCCUGAACUCCCGCCCCUCUCCCAUCAGCGCCACACCGCCCGCCCUGGUCCCCGAGACACGGGAAUACCGCUCCCAGUCUCCCGUCAGGAACACGGACGAAGCUCCCUGUGUCAAC